ACUGUGUUUUGACUCAUUAAUGAAAGCGUAAAAAGCGUUUUGUUUUUCUUCUAUUGUUGAAAUUAAAUGUAUUAUCGCGGGAAAACUGCAAAACUAUGUAAAUAAAGUUUAUGGGGAUAAGUUCAUAAUGCGUUGUUAUCUUCCGUACGCUGAAGAAGAUUACUUGAAGUAUAUUAAACUUGUUCUUAAAAGAAACAUUUUAUGUGGAAAGAUAGUUGUGGGGAGGGAAGUUCCAUGAGCGAGCAUUGGGAGGCAUCUCCUAAGGCAGCUACCAAGAAAACAUCUUUAAGAUCUAAAAGAAAACUUCCCUUUUCAGAAAAUGUUAAGAAGUCCCUGGACUCUGAAGCUCUCCGGGAAGAGAUUCUUAAAGAAGUUCAACAAGUGUGUGAUUCUAGCACCAGUAGCUCUAGCUCAUUGACACUGAGAAGAAAUACUCCUUUGUCAGAAAGACAACAGAUAGCUUUGCUUUGUAAACUUAGUGUCACUGAUUCACCUUCAGAUCCAUGUCAAGUGGAGACAAAUCAUUCUGAAUCUAGGGAACAGAAACGUAAUGAGAGAGGGGAAACUCCCCUUCAUUUAGCAUGUAUUAAAGGAGACUUGAGUAAAGUUAGAAAGCUACUUAAACAGGGUGCAGGAGUGAACACAGCUGAUUUUGCAGGUUGGACAGCUCUUCAUGAAGCUUGCAACCAUGGACAUUAUAAAGUAGCAAAAUUGUUGAUCGAUUUUGGAGCAAACGUAAAUGCUUUAGGAUUAGAUAAAUAUACUCCUCUUCAUGAUGCGGCAAUUAAUGAUCAUGAAGAUAUUGUUAAGCUAUUAUUAAAACAUGGUGCUAACCCUCUCCAGGCAAAUGUUAAUCACAGAACACCUAUUGAUGUUGCUAGAUCUGAAAAAGUUGUUGAACUGUUAAAAGCUGCUUUACCUAAUCGAGAUUACAAAUCACAAGGAGUAUCUUCACCUCAUAAAGACUACCUCAGAUCACCUGAGGCUGUGGAAAACGGGCAGAGCGAAACGUCACCCUGCCGGCCUACCUCAGCUUUAUGUGACCUUACCAUGAGAAAAAAUUCACCGAAUACUCAAAUACAUAAAGGUGCAGAUAAACCCACCUCUCCGAGAUUGACUCUUCGAUUUCAGUCUAUCCGAUCGAGGGAUGACAAAAGCUCAAGCAGUGCCAAGGUUAAUGACAUUAGCUCAUCUCAGCCUAAAUAUCCCUCUUAUUGUGUCACAAUGGAAACAAAAGGUGAUGUUUACGAUUUUCGCAAAGACGACGCAACUGUUUCAUCUACACAAAGUGUGCCUUCCGAAAGUGAAGGGCCAUUAGCUACUGUUAAGUGUGAAGCCGUGAGUAGCACAAGUGGAAAAGAAGUCGAAGUGGCCGAAAAAGAGACUAAGAAAAGUGAGGAGCCUGAAGGAUCUGAAAAGUCUGCAUCUCCUGAAAAGAUGGACACGUCUGAAAGUGUAGCAUCUAAAGUUAAUGGUGGGCGUACAUCUAAUGACUCUAAUAAAGAUAGGGAUUGUGUGAGUGAUAUUGAGAAAGAAGAGAACAGGCGAAAGAGGAGGAAAAGCAACGAUAGUAAUCAAAGCAAACAUAGUACUGGUAAGGGGCAUAAAUCCCCUUCAAGCAAAACUUCCCAAGCAGAUGGUCAUGGUGAACAGCGAAGCCCAAAGGCACGCAAGAGGGGCAGUAUGUCCAGUUCAGAUACUGAGAGUAAUCCUAGCGAUGCCGAAGCUCAUGCAACUGAAAUCAAUUUAGAAACUGGUAAUAAUGCUGCCGCAGCUGCCAUUGGACCUCAUUCACCCAAAGUUCCUCCUUUAAAAAUUGUCAUUCCACCUGGUUCUGGCUCUCUGGAGCUGGAAACUCGGGAAAGAAAUAAGGUUUCAUCUUCCAAACAUUCGUUGCCGUAUGUUGUUAAUACGACUUGCGCUGAAACUAUGGACACUACCUCUGAGCCUGUGACUGGAUCUUUUUGCUCGGAAGCAAAUAAAGAAAUGGUCAAAUCAGAAACUCCAAGUAAAUCUAAGGAAGAAAAUCAUCCCCCUGAAGAAAGAUUCCAGCGUGUGACUCGUAGCAGCCAGCGCAUGCAGGCUGCAAUGUCAGGCUCAGGUAAUGGUAAUACUAGUAGUGGUAGUAGCAGCAGCAACAGUAGUAGUAAUAAUGGUAACAACAAUAAUGGCAGUAACAGUAACCCUGCUCCUUGUAGCAGCACUGAAGCAACUAAUUCUAAUGUAGUUACUUCUAGCACUACAAAAACUGAAGGAUCGGGUGAAAGUUCUAAUGAAGAUCAGCUACAAAUUCAAACUGAUGUUCACCCAAGAAAGAGAAAAUUGCGAGCUAGGGAGGGUGGUAACGAAGGUGGCUCACAAAAUCCAUCUUCUGCGGCAUCUUCAAGUGGAGAGGAUUCCCAACAGCAAUAUCAGCAACUGAACUCUUAUCAAAUGUUUUUAAAUAUUAGGAAGCAGGUUGACAAACGACGAAAAGGAAUGUUUAUUGUCCAUCCUAAACCUCCUCAAGGUUAUAAGGAUUAUCUUAUAAAUAGGUGCUCAUAUGUCUUGGAAGGAAAUCCUGCUAGUCGCUUAUCUGUACCAAUGAUAUCUCCACCCCAGUCUUUAGAAGGUACAAUAAAAGAUCUUUUUGUAGAACAAGAAAAAGAAAGAUAUAAAUUAAGAUUGCAACAUUUAAUAGAAAGGGAAAAACUGGUUCUCUCAGCAGAGCAAGAAGUUUUAAGGGUUCAUGGCCGUGCUGCUCGUGCAAUGGUUAAUCAAACAGUUCCUUUAUCUGUGUGUAGUAUUUUAAAAGAUGAAGAAAUUUACAAUGUUUUAGAGGAUGAUAAAGAUAAAAAUGUGAGGUCUCGAUACAAUGGGCGGCUCUUCUUAUCAUGGUUGCAAGACGUAGAUGAUAAGUGGGAGAAAAUAAAGGAGGCAAUGUUGCUACGGCAUCAUAAUGAAGCUGAAUCUUUGCAUGCAGUACAAAAACUAGAUUGGGAAUGGAAAAUGAAAGAGUUAGCCAUGUGUGAUAUGAAAUCUUCCCCUCUUAUCGACGACUUACAUGUUCCCAUGGUUCAUGUGAGUGAUGACUUUGACUUACAUGUUAGUAACUCCUGUCAGUGACAAAUAAUGACUGAACUGAUAUUUCAACACUAGCUUAUUUUAAAUUUUCUCUAAUGAAGUCUUCUUUUAAGAUUGCUUUGUUGACCAAGGAAAUCUACAUUGUUAGUCAUUAAUAUCCAGUCAGUUCAUUUUUAUUUCCUUUUUCUCAUCAUUUAUUAUUACAAGUUGCCUUCAGUUGUACCAGUAAAAGUCACUUCAACUGUUGGUCAAUCAUCAUUACCAGAUGCCAAAUCACGAGUAGAAAUAGGAUUCAUUGAAACCAUCUCUUUUGUUGAACUCGUCAGUCAAUCUCUGAAAUUGACUGCGACAUUUGAACUUAAUUUUUUUGUUAUCGCCAUCGCUUUUCUUUUGCAAGAGCUUGUUAUACAAACUGAGAAAGUAUGUCAAUACUUUUUUGUUGUACCAUUGUUUUGUUUUAGCAUUACUUUUUGGUUAAAUCACAAUUUUUUUAAAUGCAAUACAUUAUAUUUUGUUAAUUUCUUGAUAAACAAUGUAUAACAUUUUUAUACAUUCUUAGUUUAUUAAAAUUACUAUUUCAGUUUUAGGUUUUCCUCUAAUUAAAUGUGAUGAAUGUUUUUAUCUAAACUUUUAGUAAUAAAUUCAAUCAAAUUUAUUCCAAUAUUAGAUGAUUUUUAUUGCAACUUUGAUACUAGGGAGGUAUAGUUUCAUUUUUAUGAAAUAAUUAUUCUAAAAAAAAAAACUACAAACUCUAUUUGUAAACAGUUGGAGUCCUAAUUUAAAUAUUGACACUGGCUUCCAGCUCAUGUAACUUAUCUUUGAUAAUGGCAGACUCUAGCCAAUUGUUAACCAAAAAAAUAACUGAAGUCAUGGCUUCACAAUUUCGAGAUCUACAGCAUGAUUGCAGUAAUGUGGUCAGCACACUGGCCAGACAAUUUGAUCUUAAACUUAGUGGGUAUCAAGCCAUAAAAGGAGAUAGAACACUGGAGCUCUAAUAAAAGAGAAAGUAACCAAAAAUAAAUAACUCGAGCUGAUAUACAGCUGUAAUAUUAAAAAAAAUCAUAAUACUAAGUCUGAGAAUUGAUUACCGUAAUACUUGUUACUAAAGAUUCUAUAUACAGAUGAUUUAUGUACAGUAUUGUGUGAAGGGUGGGGUGAGAUUGGGUGUUGGGUCAUUUUAUUAUGAUAGUUAAAACCCCUUUGGAAGCCAGUGUAGCAGGAUUUUUAUUUAACUGAACGAAAGUUUAUAAGUAACAUAGUAGAGCUGAAUUUGUGUACAGCCAAGUUUCAAAAUUAAAGACUAAAUCUCAGUUCUGUAACAGCAAAUAAACUAAUUUUUUUCAGUCACUAAGAAGCUACUUAAUUCCCCUGAAUAAGCUAACCUAUAACUUUUCUCAUUUGGUUUGUGUAGUUUAUAGCUUUUAAUUUUCUUUAAAAAGAUAUAUAUAUAAUUUAAAUGAAUUUGUUAUUCUGUGUUCAAAAUACUUGCUGAAUUCUUGAAUAUGUCAAUUUGAUUUUAAAAAUCGAUUUAGGGUAUAAGAAUUAUUAGUCUGUGUAUAGAAUACCGUUCCAGCAUUAAGUAGCUUUUUUACUUAAUUUCUAAAUUGUUAUUACAAAAUUUAAAAUGUUAAUUUCCAAUAAUUUCUGAAAACUUUUCAAAGGUUUAGUGAUUGAAUUUAAGGUAGUUUAUUAUACAUGUGUCUUAGAAAUAAAGUCAGCCUUCUCCGAUACACCUAUUUUACUAUGAUCUUCCGAUUAAUAUAGUUAACUUCCAAUUUCUUCCUUAAUUCGUGUUCCAAUAUCAGAAAACUCAAUUACAUAUAUUUAUAGGCAAAUAAUUUCAGGUGCAAUGAUAGUUUUAAAUUGAUAUGAAGAAUAUUGUGAAUCUGACACUACUUGAUGGGAGAUGCCAAACAGUAGGCUUUUCUCUUUAUAACCAUUUACUUAAUGAUUAGCAUAUUUUUAAUUGUACUAAACAUGUGGGUGUACAGUUAUUUUUGUUCAAACUUGUGAUUGUAAAUAAAGUUGUUUUCCUAUAA